AUGGCGACUCUCUUAACCCUCCCCCUCAAUUUACAAGAAAAGAUCUCAAACUAUCUACUCCCCCCCGACAUUGCUGUUCUUUCCUUCACCUGUCGAGCUUUAAGAGAGCGUCUCGGUGAAGCAAACCAAGAGUUUUGGUACAAUCAGUAUCGGUUCAGUAAUCCGGAUUUAUACAAGACCAAACUGAUCGAUGCAAAACAAGAUUAUUGGAAGAAGGCAACUCGCACGUUUUCCAAUAAUGAAAGAGGCUGUUGCAGGGUCUGUUUGAGGGACCUCCGAGAGCUUGCAGAAGCAGCCGCAGAGGGGCAACAAAAAAUGUUGGUGUUUGGCGACAGUUUGAACGAGUAUUGUGUUGCUUGUCAUUAUGACAUCUUUAUCAAUGCCUAUGAUUUUUCAUACCGCUUUCCGGAAAUCCCGAUCGGAAACCCAAAGAGUUACGAACUUCGUAGAUAUAACCGAAUGCCGGUUAUGCGGGCUAGCGCUGCAAUUCGACUUGUCGAGCAACACCACGGAAUCAAAUACGAAGCUGCGAACAAUGUGGAGUUCCGAAUCCGAACUAAAUGGACUCUGACUCGUAGCACAGAAGAAGCAGACCUUGUCCACAAAGCUCUAUUAUUUAUGAAAGAUGAUUAUAUUCAGAAAUAUCGACAUCUUCAUCCGAUUUUAGGCCCGGAUGAGUAUUACGACAUGUUCGCGAAUUCUUUGCAGGACUAUAUCCUUACAAACCCCCCCAAGUGGGAGACAGACAACCGGCCUUCCAAGGCUAUAGCAAAAGAUAUUAUGAAAGUUGCUAAAAGUCUUGCUGACGGCCAUUUCUUUGACUCUUGGAGACGGAAGCAGGCCAGCAAGAUCGUGAAGGAAAUUCACCACCAACUUUUCACCGACCCCGCCAACUUUCGACCCGAAUUACUGGAUUACCCUGAUUACCAUGUUCUAUUCACACUCAUUGAACGCCACGCCGCGGUAAACGGACCACUUUUUUGUCACCUGCGGCAUAAGUACGGUGUCCCGGAUGAUCACGAACAAAAGGUUAUGCCAAAUGCAAGAUGUUAUUGGUGUCUACGGGAGCAAAAGUCAAACGAUUCAGCAGAUACUGGUCGUAAACCCGAAUGGACCGACCUCGACAAUACCCCCUAUAACAUCGUGAACUCACCAGGCUCAGUAUUCGUUGUUCACCUUAUUAAACAUCAUCCAGAUCUCAUUUGGAAAAGACCCGAAAUUUCAAAAGAUCAGCCCCUGCCCCCCAUGCGGACUAUAACAUCCCAGUGGCGGGGGGCCGAGUUUACAAUCAAGGUGUUAGAAGGUUCUCCCAAUAUUGAUAAGGAGAAGUUGGAGGAUAUUCCAGCCAACUUUUUUCGGGAUAGAGCCCGGGUGUCAAAUUCGAAAUAUUUUCAUUGGGUGUAA